AUGUGUAAAGUGUCAGGGGGGGCGGGGCGCUCGAACUCCCUGCACCCUCCCCGGGCCCAGUCCCCUGAGAAGGACGAGUGGGAACCUAUUGUUCGGCAGCGAACGGCCUCGGACUGCCAGUACGAUAACGUGGAACUCAACGACCUCCUGCUGCAGUUCAGGGAGGCUGAGAGUCUGGAGGAGCAGGGCGACAUCCUGCACUAUCUGGUGGUUGCCUACGGCCUGAACCAUCCUACGGGAUCCUUCAUCGAGGGCGAGGCUGUGACCGUCAAGGAUCUCCUCAAGGAUUUAUACGAGCGCUCCUGCCACCAGAAGAACUGGGCCCUCGUGCGCCACACCGCCGGCAUGCUUGGGAAGCGCGUGGAGGACCUGGCGAAGGCCGUGACGGACUUGUUGGUGCGGCAGAAGCAGGUGACCGUUGGGGUGCCGCCCCAUGCUGAGGUCACCAUCGUACGCCCUCUGCCCACCAUCGAGCUCAGGGCUCUCAUCAACAAGGCUUAUGGUUCAGACGAGAGCACAGCCAUGCUCACCCAGGUCAUUGCUGCCUACUUCUUACACUUCUCUCUCAUCAUAUCUUGAGAAAUGUGUCGUGUUAGACAUUCUUCUCUAAUUAUGCAUGAUCAGGUGAUGGCACUGGAACUGGCGCGCACUAUUCUCUGCAGCAAAGAUCAGGCUUCUGACCACCUCCUCAACUUGUCGCCCUUCCAAAUGAAGAACCUCCUGCACCACAUCAUGGCCGGCCAGGAGUUCAACAUUGGAUCAGUGAAGAACAAGGUGGAUGUGGCUGGCGCUGCUCGUAGCGGCACUUACUUCAUCAGCAGCAAAUCAACCAAGCUCAGCAAGAACCACUUGCCCUCGGAGAAGAAAAGUGCAAUGGGCGGCUUUUUGACCGCCUCGAGCUACACGCCCUCGAGCGGACGCCGCGACGGCGACACUGAAGGCGUCAGGGACAGGGCGGGGCAGUGGCUCAGGCGCCGUAGACUGGACGGUGCGCUCAACAGAGUCCCCAAGGGGUUCUACAUGAACAUGUGGAAUGUUCUUAAUCGGUGCAACGGCAUUGACAUCGAAGGCAAAGUCAUACCGCGCACGCUAACCCAGGAGAUGACAGCCGGGGAACUGAAGUCUCGUGGUCGAGGUGAGACCGUCCUGAACACCAUCCCGCAGCCCGAGUACCGACAGCUGGUGGUCGAGGCACUGAUGGUGGUGUCGCUGGUGGCAGAGCAGCAGCUCGUGGACUGGCUGGGGGACCUGAUCUCUGCGCAGGCCAUCGUCCACGUCGCCAACACAAUAUUCCUGCAGGAUCAGAGGCAGCAAGACGGUGACGCUGUGAUGUGCUGUGCGCGCGAUAAGCGGGACAGCACACCCAGCGGCGGGCUGGUCUGUGAGGGCGCGGCGUAUGUUUGUGCUCACUUCUACGACAGCGCUCCUUCCGGCAGCUUCGGCACGAUGAGCUACAUGGUGAGGGCUGUGGUGUGCUCCCUGCCUUGCUUCCCUCAGGACGGGGACAUGGAUUGCACCGUUAGCUAAAUACACCCAAUAUGAACCAUGCUAUGACCAUGCAGAUUCAAUCGUCACGAAUAACUUGAAAAAUUAAUUAUCGGCAGAAUUUUCGUUCAUAUUUGCUCACGUAGAAAUUGUUGAUUAUCAACCGCUUUUAGAACUUGAAAAGCCCAGAUAUGAUUCUAGCCUGUCAUUUGCUUAUGUAAAUACUGGAAGGUAGCAUAAAUUAUUUAUGAAUGGGAAAGUUUGAAGUUUGUAUAAGAAUCGCCAUGAAUCGUUAAAUUUCAUAUUAAUCUGGGACGUUUGAGGUAGUCACAAGUUUCUCGAACUGAUAGCGGCCUUUAUAUGUGAUGUCCGUACGAGUUUGAAUCGUUGUAAGUGCAGUUUAAGCCUUGACUGCCGCCACUUGUCACCCUAAUUUUAUUGUAAGCUGACAAACUUUGUGACAAAAAUGCGUGCAACAGUUUCAAUAUAUCUUG